GUUUUUGCCGGCAUCUUGUGGUCACUCUUUGUCCUGCAGCAUGUUCGUCUCUUAUUGAUGACGUAGUCAAAUCCAAAAUGGCGCCGCUCUGUGAGAGUCACGCUGCGGUUGGAUUUGUUUACUAUCGCUUUCUCAGUGCAUUGCUUUUAACGUGUCAUUACAUUUAAAGUCGCUUUCUGGUUCUGGAGUUUGCGCUUCUAUUUUAUUGAUAGUUUUUCUUUAAGACAAAGCGCGUGCCCUUUGAUUAGAAUUGUUUGACAUUUACGUGUACAUUUUAUAUGUACGUACAAUUAAUGAAUGAGAAACAUUUCAUCACUGGUAGAAACCCUGAUAGUCUUACGAAGCUUAGCUGAUGUCUGCCUUUGGGUUGUGUUUCAAUUUGGGUCCCUCAAUUAAAAUGACACCAAGGCUGGCCCGAGUGUGUGCCACAUGUUUAAGUCAUAAGGUCAACCGGACUGAUCUCAGAAUCGCUUCAUUCACUUGGAUCAAGCGGUUUGGUACAGGUCCGGAUGGAGGAGAUGAUGAUUCUGGAGCACCGGUACCAUCCAGUCCAGCGCUUUUUCCAUUCUCAAAGGGAGCUUCUCGAUUUGGGAGGCGACCCUUGUCACCUUUAGAGAGGGUGAGUCAAAUGUUACCCCAGGAAUCGUUAAGUGAGGAGGUCUGGGAACUCAGAGGGAAAAAACCAAGGGAAGAGAACGAUGAUACGGAAACACAGACUCCAAAGAAGCUCAUCGAAGAUCUAGAUGUUCACGAACAAAGUGGAGAUGGUGUUGUAAACGAAAGCAAAGAAGAUUUGACGCACGUUCUACCUGGGGAGCGUCUGAUGUGCUUCGGAGAAGUCCUCCUCGCUGAGUACCGCCGUAAACGAAGGCUGGAGUUACAGAAAAUGUUCCAGCUGGAGAAAGGAUCCAAGCUGGGGAGCAACAGUGGUUUCAUAGCUCAUGAUGCCAUCCAGGGCUGCCACGCUGGGACGGUUUUACGCACCAGCCUGGGGAUCCCUAUGCUCAUCCGCAGGCCCAGUCUCGAAGAGUUCACGCUGUUUAUGAAAAGAGGGCCUGCUAUUGCUUACCCAAAAGACGCCAGCGCCAUGCUGAUGAUGAUGGACGUUAACGAGGGAGACUGCGUGCUGGAGUCGGGCUCUGGAUCCGGGGCCAUGAGUCUCUUCCUGUCCCGAGCAGUGGGCUCUAGUGGAAGCGUGCUGAGUGUCGAAGUAAGAGCGGACCACCACAGACGGGCCGUGUUAAAUUACGAGCGCUGGCGUUCGUCCUGGAGGCUGCGCAGUGGAAACGAGUGGCCUGAAAACGUCCACUUCCACCUCGGAGAUCUCACAAACGCCGCCCCCUCGCUUGCCGGGCGGAGCUUCAAUUCCGUGGCUCUGGAUAUGAUUAACCCUCAUCUGGCUUUACCCACAGUCGUACCUCAUCUCCAUACAGGAGGUGUGUGUGCCAUCUAUCAGGCCAACGUUACGCAGAUCAUCGACUUGAUGGAAGGACUGCGCUGCUCCACACUCCCUCUGGUGUGCGAACGCGUCGUCGAGGUGCAGUACAGGGAUUGGCUGCUCGCGCCGUCGCUCCAAAAAGACGGCUCCUUCAACCGGCGGAAAAAACCCCCGGGUGAAGAAACCGCGGAGAGCGAGAACGACGACGCGGAAGAAGGACACGAGAGUCCAGCACACUUCCCCUUCGGGAGCGUCCCGUACAUCGCUCGGCCACACCCCGAACAGAACGGACACACGGCGUUCCUUGUGAAACUGAGGAAAAUAUCCAAAUAGCUGUUGUAUAACUCCAGCACCUAUGAAGACCCCGAAGCAAGCUUAUGAUAAACUACAUUCACAAAUGAUGCUUUUGGUCCGUUUUGCAAUAAAAAAAUCUAUUCAACAAA